UGUGGCUUACUAGUAAGCUGAGACGCAGAGGACAGCUGUUGGACUGCGAGAUGACUCAUCUGUGGCUUUGAGCAGCUUCAAUAAAACAACGAUAGAAAAGCAAGAAAUCAACAUCCUGAUAGACACAAACCUCAAAAGAGAGAGAGAGAGAGAGAGAGAGAUAGAGAGAGAGAUAGCAGAUGAGAAGAUGGCAUUAGCCAGCGGUCACUGGCUGGAGAAAGAGAUGAGGGGAGAAGCCCCAAGUCCCAGACACGGCCACGCCUUAGCUUUGGCAGGAAAUGUUGCCUUUCUGUUUGGAGGAGCCUGCAGCAUCAACCAAGAAGAGGACAACCCUGUUUACUUCAAUGACUUCUACAUGCUAACAGUUUCUCCUGAUGAUGUGACAUGGGAGGAGAUUCCUCAGAGCGGAGAAGUUCCGUCAGCCAGAGAAGGACACACUCUUUGUGUUGUGAAAGGGAAGCUGUUUCUGUUUGGAGGAGCGUCCAGCCCCGAAGCCACUGAGUGUCUCCCAGGAGUCUACAGCUUUGACAUAGUGUCUCUGACCUGGGAUUGCUUAGAAGUUGGUGGCAUGGCCCUCAGAACCCUCAGACACAGCUCUGUUGCUGUGGGAGACAACAUCUAUGUGUACGGAGGCACUGUUGGAGGGAAUCCAACCAACGAUCUCAUGGUCUUCAACACAGUGUCUCUCACCUGGACGCCAGUUAAAACUAGUGGAUCGCUGCCUCCUGCCCUGUGUGGUCAGAGUUUUGCUCUGGUUGGAGAUCAGCUGUUCAUGUUUGGAGGUUAUGAAGAAGGUGGAAUCUUCUGUAAAGACCUCUAUGUUCUCAACACAGACAACUUGGUGUGGCAGAAAUGGGAGGUGAAGGGAGAAUCACCUGCAGCCUGCAGCGGACAAACACUGACUGCACACCAUGAUAAAGAUAUCUACCUGUUUGGUGGCAAAAGCACAAAUGAUGACGGUACAGUAACGUCUUCCAAUGAAAUCCAUAAACUCAGUAUUGCUAAGAUGAAGUGGAAGGUUCCUCUGUACGUUGGGAUUCCUCCGGCCCGUCGUCACGGACACACAGCUUUCAUUCUCCACAGCCACCUGUUUGUAUUUGGAGGGAAGAACGAAGAGCAGGAAUUUAAUGACCUGAAGGUGAUGAAACUCAUUAACCCCUCAGAGAGACAACCAGUAAUGAAGGAGAUUCUGUCAGAGUUUGGUCUGCAGGGAGUCAGCCACAGCUUCACUCCCACAAAGGUUCCCAACGUUCGCUACGAGCUGAGCGAGACUGCUCCAUCCAACCAGUCCAGGAACACAGCAGCUAAUGCACAGGUGUUUGUCCACAGAGACUUCAGUGCAGUUCGAGACCAGGCCAUGAAAAUGAUCCAGACAGCGUUCACUCUGCUGGACCAGGAGUUCCAGAAACUGGAUCGAGAGAAGUCCGAGCUGUCAAAAGCUGCUGCUGCUCUGCAAAGAGACAAAGAAGCUCAUGAAGGCCACAGACAACAACAGCAACAGGAGCUGCAGGAGAUGCUGGAUCGACAUCGCUCUCAAAACGAGGCGUGGCUCCGAGCGAGAGCCGAGGAGAACGACCGAGAGAGGAGGGAGCUCUGCAGACUCCGAGAGGACGUGUUGCAGGAGCAGGAGCGAUUGAAGGAGGAGCACAGCAGCAUCCAGAAACGCAGCGAACAUCUUCUGUCCAUCAUGCAGCAGUUCAAAGGAAUGUGAUGUGAGAUAGAUAGAUAGAUAGAUAGAUAGAUAGAUAGAUAGAUAGAUAGAUAGAUAGAUAGAUAGAUAGAUAGAUAGAUAGAUAGAUAGAUAGAUAAGUUUGAGUAACAGAUUUUUUCAUGUUUGUUCCACUUUGGACCCUCAUGUUAAAGCUCCUACAAGGAACUUUCAUUUUGUGUUGAUUCUGGCGGUCCCUGUGGACAAAAGUGGUAGUGUUUCUACUCUAAGGGGAAUCCAACCGGGCAGGAAGAAUAAUAACUAUAUAGUAACUGUUUCCUACUGAUGGUCUGAUCUGUAGUUCAUAUAGAGGCAUUAAAAUGAGACUGUUUCACAACCAGUUAAAAGCUCCUUGUAGUAUGUUUAAGAUCAGGAAGGGGAUCUUUAAGGGUCAGAUACAAAUAUGUGUCACUUAUAUGUUUUAUCUGAAAGUUUCCUGCGUGGGAAGAUUUCCUGAAAGCAAAAAGGGAAAAUGAAUACUCUUAAUGUAUUGAACUUUCCUACAAUAAAAAUAUUUUGCCAUAAACUGUGCUAAAGGUUUGUAUCCUGGAUUGUUUAAUGUAUGACCGUUCAACAGAAAAGCAUCAUUUGAUUGAUUAAUUGAUUGAUUAGUGAACCUCAUAAUAAAUUGAACUAAGAUAAAAUAGGAAAAUCUAAUUUAAGGAUGGAAUAAUCACAGAAAAUAUCCAUUGAGAUUUUUUGCAGUGUACUGUGGCAAACAGGAUAGAGGACUGUUUCCAUGGUUACCGCUGAUGUGGUACUGAGGAUGGCAUAGUUUCUGGCACUUUUUACAGUAAAUAUUUGUAACAAAGUAACUGAAUAAAAGAUUACUGAAUGUU